UUCGCGUGUCACCUUCACCCGUGGUCAUCCUGUCUCGUCUUACUACUUUCCGUGAACAACUAGAAUGAAAGUGAUAACCUUGAUCGUAGUUCUUAUAAUUCCAUUAAUUGUUAUAAUAGGUUACGUAAAUAUACACAUUAUCAACUUCUGGAGAACCUCUAACCACACGCCUGUAAAUAUAUCAUCUUUGUUGAACCGAGGUGUUCAGAUUGUUUCAACAACAGCUCUGAACGUACCGAGUAAUAAACUAAACGUCGAUAAAAAACGCCGAUCAGCUGUCGCUCCUUAUAAAAGAAACAAAAUUGCAAAGGAUACCCGCCAAAACAGAUCAACUGCUCCGACCAACGUGAUCAGGAAGAUAGAAGGCAGCCCUAGAUUUCCAAACAUUCAUGAUGUUGUAUUAGAACUAGAUAGCACCAAGUACUUUUGCAACGAUUCGGAAUCUGCGGAAUGUGCUACUCUCACAUCUAUAUUGGGGGAAUCGAUUCAGAAGGAGUUGACCAGAGUAUUGACCUAUGACAGUAAUGUAUUCCGCUCUGGUGUGGCGAAGGUGAACACUUACCAUGUGCGAUUUAAUGGCUCAUAUGGGCAGCUGCGGUCGCGAGAUGAGGUGGUGUGCGCUCUGGGCCGGGUGCGCGUGCGUACGGUGACGGGGCAGGAGGCGCCGCUGGCGCAGCACGGACUGGCGGCGCCGCCCGAGCCGCUACAGCGCGGUCGCCGCUACUCGAAGUGCGCCGUGGUGUCCAGCGCUGGUGCACUGCUUGGCUCCCGCCUCGGAAGCUUCAUUGACUCGCACGAUAUGGUCGUACGUUUCAACAACGCACCUACCGAAAACUACACUGAAGAUGUCGGCUCCAAAACAACUUUUCGUAUCGUUAACUCACAAGUUGUGGCCAAGACUGAAUACAACUUCCUCGAGGAUCCUCUGUAUUGUAACACUUCGAUCUUAAUAUGGGAUCCUGCUAAUUACUCUUCGAACCUGGAUGACUGGUACCGGGCACCUGACUACCCUCUGUUUCUCGUGUAUAAGAGGUUUUUGGAGUUAAAUCCAGAUGCUGAUGUUCACAUAUUGAAUCCACAAGUACUAUGGGAGUUAUGGACUUUGUUACAAAGAGCCGCACCCAGGCGAAUUCGAAAAAAUCCUCCAUCGUCUGGCUUCAUAGGAAUAUGGUUCGCAGUGCACCGCUGUGCGAAUGUUCGUGUGUUCGAGUAUGUGCCUAGCUCGCGCGCCACCACGCGCUGCCACUACUACUCUGCGCAUAAAGACCGCCAUUGCACGCUAGGCUCUUGGCACCCGCUAGCUCAAGAGAAAAUUCUUGCUAAUCUGAUGCGUAAUAACUCGGAUUUCGAUACCUAUCAACGAGGAUUUAUUAAUAUACCGGGAGUAGAGGCUAUUGACUGCCCGGAUUGAUUAGAGGUUUUACGGUACGGUGUCAUACUUUUAGGCAAACUGAUAGAGUUUGUUCUGAAAUAGAAGCGUGGAAGAGGCGUAAUGCAAAUUUUGAGUCGUUUCUUCAGGGUUGGCUGGUAGAAUAUACUUAAGUUCUGACUUUGAAUGAUAAAUAUUUCGCAGCGUUCAUUUGUACUUGAUUUUUUGUUUUUAUACUUAGUAUUUUUCUCGCGUUGGUAUUGUAAAAAAUGAUGCGUUUCACUCGGGAGCAAAGUUUGUUUAACCCUCGUGCCUUGAAACCCUCGCAACGCUUACGAUUUCACUUUUAGAACCAGUCGUUACGUUCUUGGUUCAAGUUCGGAUUUCGGGUAUAAGCACGAGCGGUUAAACAACUACUUUGCCCUCUUGUAAAACAAAUAACCUUUAAAUAAUUGUUAUACAGAGUUAGUACAUGUAUUAUAAACGGCUU